AUGGGAAUCAGUAAAAACCAUUUACUCGCAAUACUCAUACAUUUGUUUUUGAUUUGUGUUACAGAAGAAGAUAUUGAUGAGUUCAAUAUACACGUUUCGAGGUACAGACCAGAAGAGUUAACAAAGCUCACAAAAAUCACCAAGUUCAAUAAAAAAGAAAUCCAACUAAUUUAUAGAGGUUUUAAACAGGAGUGUCCUACUGGUAUGGUAGAUGAAGAUUCGUUCAAGCACAUAUUUUCACAAUUUUUUCCCCAAGGUGAUGCCUCACAAUAUGCCCAAUAUGUGUUCAAUACAAUCAAGAGAAAUCAAACUGGAAAAAUUAGUUUCGAGGAUUUUUUGGCCAUAUUGUCCAAAGUUUCUCGAGGAAGUGUUCAAGAGAAACUUCAUUGGAUUUUUGGCUUGUACGAUCUCAAUAAAGACGGAGUUAUAACAAAAAAAGAAAUGCAAGACGUAGUACAUUCCAUUUAUAGCAUGCUAGGGAGACAUACUGACCCACAAGUAGAUGACCAAUCUGCAAAAGACCAUGUUGACCGAAUUUUUCAUUUAAUUGACAAAAACAAUGACGGUAACGUGACAUUGGACGAGUUGAUUGAAUGGUGCAGCCGGGACGAAGGAAUACUCCAGUCGCUAGAUACGCUGGACACUGUUUUGUGAAACGAGCCACGCUCGUCCGACGUGCGCGUAGGCACGAGAGACCGGGCGAGCCUAUUCAAUUGGUAGACAGACGAAAUAAACUUAUGUGGUGACUGGUGACGAGAAAGAAUAAAAUUUAAAAACAAAAAACAAAAAAACAAUAUACAAAAUCGAAAAACUCCGCUAAACGCCUGCGGUGAUCCCUUUUUGGCUUUUUGAAAGGAGAAACUUGUUGACGUAACUUAUUAAUAAAUUGUUGUAUAAUCUCUAAAUUGUAUCACUACUUUCUAUAUGUAUACUCAAUACUCAUUAUAAUAUUACUCAGUAAAUAAGACGAUAAAUGAGGGGAAUGUCACUAUCACAGCUAUCUUUGUACUUAUAAUAAAAGAACCCACUUUCCUGAUGCACUUUUUUUAUAGGUUGUAAAACCAUUAUAUCAUAUAUGAGCUGCAGUUUGGCUACAAAAUGAGAAAUACUUGCGAAAAGCUGUUUUAUUAUUGUUUCUAAGUUGUUAACGUUAUAUUUUUAACAAUGAAUUCUGCACGGCCGUCGAUCGAAUAUAUAUGAUGUACGCGGACCGGAAACAAUCGCAUCGUUAUAGUAAACAAUAAUAAUAUAUUAUUGUACUAUGCCAUACACUACCGCCGGAAACGCAUCUAUCUGUAUAUCAAAUACCGCAUCUAACCAUAUUGGUUUACUAUUAUUGUUUUAUAGUUUUUCGCGCCUAAACACAACACGUAAUUAAAUAAGACCUAUAAUUAUUGGCUUGAAACAAAAUAUUAUCAUGUAUUUUUAUCGAUUUUUAGACGUUUAAUAGAAUUUGCUGGAAUAAUAUUUAUUACAUAAGAUAAAAAAAAAAAAAUGUUUUUAAAUAUAUUUCGUUCACAGUAAAUGUAGUUGUACAACAUGAUAUUUGUAUCAUAAUUGUGAAGUUACUAUACUAAAUAUUAAAAUAAUUCUGUUCGCUACAGGGUAAUCUAAAAAUAGUGUCCAAUUGUUCUUCCUAUUGGAUACUUAAAUGUUUUCACGUUAUAAGUAAUUAUAAUUUAUUUUAAAUAUUAAAAUCGAACAAACGAUUGUUUAGUACCUAAUUCUUUGACUUAAGUUCUACUAAUUUAUUUGUUUCUA